GUAGUAAUUAUUUGACCGCUACACCGAUAAGAUUCGAAAAAUCUUAAAUUGCGGAGCUUUUUUAUUGGCUUCGAUUAAAGGGAUUCUCCUUGGAAGAUUGAUUGUAAGUUUAAAUUUCGUUUAAACUUAAUCAAAAGUGGCUCAAAAUGGUGCGAAAACUUUUUGAAUCAACACCGAUAAGAAGUUUAAUAAGAUAUUGGAAUUUAAUAACGAAAAUUGAGAAAAACUCGGUUUUCUAACAUUGGAUUAAGGACGAUUUCGUCCAUAGAUUAUCAAGAACAAAUUUUCCGUCCUUAUUAUUAAGAUAUUAAAAAAAAAUGGAAUCAAAGAAGUUAAAUUAUGGAACGAUGCAAAUUGGAAAUCAACAAACAAAGAAGAAAAAAGCAGUUUUUAUCGACAACAAUAACGUUUAUAUUCGUGUUGAUGCGAAAGGUUUGAUCGUUCAAGAAAAACCGAUCGGUUUCGAUCAAAGAAAAUCGGGUUUUUUCGGUGUGCACGUUUUAUUUGCGUUGUUUGUGGUGUUUUAUGUACUCUACUUAACUUCCGGUAGCAUGGUGUUUAGUUUUUUGGAAAGCCCAGCUGAAGCUGCUGUUAAAAUCGACGUUUUAAAAGCAAAAAGGAACUUUUACAAUCGAUAUCCUAACGUUUUAGAUGAGGAUUUAGAAAAUUUAAUCGUAGAAAUUGUACGUGCUAGUAACAAAGGAGUUUUGCCGACGAGAAAUUGUACAAAUCAACCAAACUGGAGUUUCGCUCAAUCGUUAUUUUUCUCAACAACGGUCGUUACUACAAUUGGAUAUGGACAUGUAACUCCGUUAAGUAGAAGUGGAAAAAUUUUCUGCAUAGCUUACGCAACGUGUGGUAUUCCUCUAACGUUGGUUUUGAUGUCAGCUUUAGUUGAAAGACUUCUAAAACCAUCAUUAUGGCUUCUACAACUUUUAAAUUCCAAGUUAUCACAUCGAUAUCAACCGUUUAAUAUUCGAGUUUUACAUUUAUUUUUUAUUGUUGUUUUAGUCGUCCUUUUCUUCAUGAUUCUUCCGGCUACAAUUUUCGCAAUAAUCGAACCAGAAUGGGACUUUUUGGAUUCAUUUUAUUACUGCUUCAUUUCUUUAACAACAAUCGGUUUGGGCGAUUACAUCCCUGGUGAUAAUCCGGAUCAACCUUACAGAGCUUUAUACAAAGUUGCAACAACUUGUUUUUUGUUAAUUGGUUUAACAUUUAUGAUGUUAACCUUAGCAAUAUUCUACGAUAUCCCGCAAUUAAAUAUUGGAUUAUUAUUUAAAUCGACUGGAAGUGGUGAUCAAAAUUCGGAGAAAGCUCGUUUAUCAAGUUAUGGUUAUGGGUUACAAUAUGGGAUGUCCUCGACGAGCGAAACGAAAGAAACUCAUAUGCAUGUUGUUAGGGUGAGAUCGCGGCAGAGGGAUGAUAGCCCUAGCCCUGAAGAGCCUCUAACUAAAACCGAACAGGAACAGUAAUUAUAAAAAUUAAGAUUUAAAAAUGUACACCAAAAAGUUAUAAAUUAAUUAUUAUAUUUAUUUGUGUUAAAAAAACUAAAGUCUAAAAAGAGAGUUGAUAUAAAAAAUUUUUAAGAAAAAGAGUCAUUUUUUGCGGCUGUGUGACAAAUUUAGGGAAAUAUUUUACAUAAUUUUAAGUUUUAAGAAAGCGAAAAAAGAAGGGUCCAUUUCUUCCUAAUUUAUAUACAAUAUUAAAAAUUAAAUAGAAUUCGCGUAGUAUUUAGUAUAUUUAAAUGUAUUUGUGUGAAAAUUAGAUUUUAAAAAGACCAAAAUUUAUUAAUAGAUGUUUAAUGGAAAAAUUUACGAUAUUUUCUUUAUCGUAAUCAAGAAGUACUACUUGUAAUUAUCUUUUUAAGAUCAAAAAAUUCGAUUAUUUUAUUUAUUUAAAAAAUAAAAUCCUAAACUUGUACAAAAAUAAAUAUAUUAUGAAAAAGACAAAAAAAUAAAAAGCUUUAAAUGUCUAUAAAUUAAAUACACACUGUCAAUUAAAAAACGAACAAAUUGUAGAUGAAAAGAAAGUAUUAAGAUUACAGUAAAACCUCGAUAUAACUAAAAUACGGGUUAUAGCCAAAAAUUUAAAACUAAAGCUAACAUUAA